AUGUCUACACCCCAGUUCAAGCUGAUCUUCCGCGUGCCACCAUCCCACCUGACGUUGUGCAAAGAGGCCGUGUUCUCCGCUGGCGCUGGAAAAUAUCCGGGCGGCCGCUACUCCGAGGUCAGCUUUGAGACUCUCGGCAUCGAUCAGUUCCGGCCCAGUGCGAACUCCACCCCCUAUAUCGGCCAGCCAGGUGUAUUGGUGCAGGUUGAGGAGUACCAGGUUGAGACACUUUGCGUCGGUGUGGGGGUUAUGCGAGAGGCUGUGAAGGCGCUACGAAAGGCGCAUCCUUACGAACAGGUUGUUGUUGAGGUGAUUCAGCUGGUGCAUAUCGAGGAUCUCGAUCGAUUGGAAGAUGGGUUUGAUGUGCCUUAG